UAGGAAGAAUAAUGAUUGCCUGUGGAGUGCAGUACUGCUGUGCUGGCAAAGUGCAGGACCUUUUACUGAAAUUCAAGAUUGCUCUAGGUAUCAUUUUACUCCACGUGUUUUUGGCUACAUCGGACACAACAAAUAUUGUAACAUCCAGAUCAACAGUUGAAAAAUCUUCAGGAACGAUUUCUGAAGAAUCCCCUAUUUUUACUCUUAUCACCUACCCAAUUAAUGCUUCAGCUACAACUUCAGAUACAAGCUCUGCAGGAAGAACUUUAAGUGCACUGACAAAGCCAAACCAUACAGAAACUACUAAUAACCCUGAAUUUAACUUCUCCACAACAGUAGCAGAAUCUUCUAUCGUCACUUUUAUCACCUACCCCAUUAAUGCUUCAGAUACAACAUCAUUAGAAAGAACAAGUCCUGAAGAUAGAACUUUAAGUAUAUGGCCAGAGGCAAACCAGACAGUUUGCUACAUGGGCUCUGUAAAAUUUAAUUACAGUGAAAAAAGCAAUAAUGCUUCAGGAAAUGUUGUAAGAAUUGAUGAUGUAACCACCAGUGAUAAAGUUACAAAAUUUAUUCCAUUUACAACACCUACUCUACAAGAAAAAAUUUCAGAAUUCAACAAAACAUUGCAAGAUGCAAGUGAGUCUUCUGUUAUGGAGUGUGCUGCAGAAAACCAAAGUAUAUCAAUCUGCAAGUUUCUAAUAAAUCUGACCAAGACUGCAAAUAUAAGCAAAAUAAUAGCAUCCUUAAAAGACAGAACAGAAAUAGUCCAAAUUGAACUGUGCUUCUGUUCAGCUCUAUGGUUUUCAUCCACAACUGCUAAAGAGUUACAAAAAUUGCAAUGUGAUGGAAAAGACCCAGUUAUAUAUACGACCCCUAGCAAACUUGGACCUCCACCUUCUCUUGGUGCUUCAUCCACUAAAAUUUCUAAUGACUUGUCUGGUCAAGCUUUUCACUCCCCAAAACAUACCACUACUUUUCCUCCUCAUGUUCCAGACACACCUAGUAUUAUACCCACAGUUCCCCCUGCUAUGCCUUAUAUCUCUACAAUUACCCAGGCUGCUUCUCCUCCACUUACCACUACAAUUCCUCCUGCUACAUCUUCUCCUGUCCAUACCACUAGAAUUUCCCCUGCUAUGCCUUUCACCAAAUCCACCACCAUUUCUCUUCCUACAUCUCCACCCAAACUUGCAGUUCCUUCUACUGUUUCUUCAACGGAAACUUCAAGCGUGGCUCCUGUUUCCUCCACUGAACCUACCAUCACUACUCCUCCUGGUAUUCAUUCUAGCCAAGCUACCAGAGCCAACAACACAACAGGAAACAUUUUGAAUAAUUUGUCAAACAUCACGCAUGCCACCAGUAAUUCCUCCGAAGUUGAGAGCAUCAUAUCCAAAUUAGAGAGUGCUCUGUUGGACCAGAGCAUAGAGCCAAAAGUUGCAAGAGAGAUGGUCAACACAAUAAGCAAUCUCUUAAAUGUUCCAUAUUCAGUACUAUCCCCUAUGUCUAAAAGAAUAAUAAAAAUAGUAGAUGCCAUUGCCUUAAAACUGAACUUUUCAACGGAGUCCAUUAAUUUUACCUCCCCGGCCUUGGCUCUAGCAGUCACCAAAGUCAACAGCAGCAGCUUCAGCAAAAUGUCAUUCUCUGUCCAAGAUUCAUCAGAUCUUCAGAUUUCUCUAGGUGCCCAAGCACCUAUAAAUAGUGUUGGAGCUAUUGCACUGCCUUCAUCAUUGUUGACAAACUUACCUUCUGAACAUAAGCCUCUGGCAUCUAGAAUUACAUUCAACUUUUUUGAAAAGACAACUCCAUUUCAGGAUCCUUCAUUGAAGAAUAUCUCUUUAAUCAGCAAUGUCAUUUCAUCAAGUGUAGCUAACCUCACGCUUAGUGACUUGAAGGCAAAUGUUACUGUCACUCUACAGAACACCAUGCCUAAUUUGGAAAAUUUAACAGUUAGAUGUGCAUUUUGGGACUUUAAUGAAAAUGGUGGCAAAGGAGGCUGGUCAUAUGAAGGAUGCACAGUUAAAGAAAGGAGAGCAAAUGAAACCGUUUGUACAUGCAACCACCUCACAAGCUUUGGAGUUUUGCUGGACUUGUCUCGAAAUACUACUUUGCCACCUAUCCAAGCACUGGUUCUGACAUUUAUCACCUAUAUAGGCUGUGGCCUUUCUGCAAUUUUUCUUUCUAUUACUCUUGUAACCUACAUAGCCUUUGAGAAAAUCCGGAGGGACUACCCUUCCAAAAUCCUUAUUCAGCUAUGUGCUGCUUUACUUUUACUCAACAUAGUUUUCCUCCUUGAUUCAUGGAUUGCUCUGUAUAACAUACAAGGCCUGUGCAUCACAGUUGCUGUAUUUCUUCAUUAUUUCCUCUUGGUUUCCUUCACUUGGAUGGGCCUUGAAGCAUUCCACAUGUAUCUUGCCCUCGUCAAAGUGUUUAAUACCUAUGUACGGAAAUACAUCCUGAAGUUUUGUAUUGUUGGCUGGGGUGUACCACUUAUAGUGGUAGUCAUUGUAUUGGCCAUAUCACCAAAUAACUAUGGGCUUGGAUCAUAUGGAAAGUUUCCUAAUGGCACACCGGAUGAAUUCUGCUGGAUCAACAACAAUAUUGUUUUCUACAUUACUGUUGUGGGAUACUUCUGCAUGAUAUUCCUGUUGAACAUCAGCAUGUUUAUAGUGGUACUGAUUCAGCUUUGUCGAAUCAAAAAGAAGAAACAACUUGGAACCCAGAGAAAAACCAGCAUUCAUGACCUCAGAAGUGUUGCAGGCCUCACAUUCUUAUUGGGAAUUACUUGGGGAUUUGCCUUUUUUGCAUGGGGGCCAGUAAAUCUGGUAUUUAUGUACCUCUUUGCCAUCUUUAACACUUUACAAGGUUUCUUCAUUUUUACCUUCUACUGUGUAGCAAAGGAAAAUGUCCGCAAACAGUGGAGACGAUAUCUAUGUUGUGGAAAAUUCAGGCUGGCUGAAAACUCUGACUGGAGCAGAACUGCUACUAAUGGUUUAAAGAAGCAGACUGUAAACCAAGGAGUAUCCAGUUCUUCCAACUCCUUACAAUCAAACUGUAACUCCACUAAUUCUACCACCCUGCUAGUGAAUAAUGAUUAUUCAGUACUCACAAAUGGGAAUGGUAAUGUCUCCAGUGAGAAAAAUGGUGUUUCUUUCAAUGUACAGAACGGCGAUGUGUGUCUUCAUGACUUCUCAGGAAAGCAACUCAUAUUUCAUGAGAAGGAUGAUGCAGACCACAAAACAACCCGUGUUUCACUCAGAAGGACUUCAAAGAGGGGAAGCCUACAUUUUAUUAAGCAAAUGUGAUUUUAUUUUAUUUUAUUUUUUGCAUUCCACAUUGUUUUACAAUGUAAAACACAGAUUUUUACUUGAACUAUUUUAUGUACUAUGAGAAGACCAGAAACUGAUCCUUCUUUAAUGGACGGUACUGGAACCUUGACACAGGCAAAUGUUGAGUUAAUAAGAACAGUUAUAAUUUUUAAAAAAGUCAUUGCUACUAUUUGACAAGAUACUUCAGAUACUCCUUCACAAUUGACACAAUAUCCAGUUUAGUUUUCCACUAUUCCUAUUUUGUGUUAAGAUUUAAAGAUUUGGUUGUAGACUCUUAUUUUGUCAGUAUAUCUUACAAUUAGUAUAUCUGAAUACAGUACAUAGUGUUGUAUAAAUGUAGCCGAUUCUAAGUUAUCGUUCAAAAUGUUAUAUUGUCUACUACAGCAUUUUUAGUUUAUAGUAGAAGAUUUUAUAGCAUUGUAAAUAAGCAAAACAAUAUUCACCAUUAGGCAUUUUAUGCUAUUUUUAUAUUUAUUUCUUGUAAUAUAAAUUUUAAAACACUUCAUUGUAUAGACAAAUAAUUGAUAUUUUGUUUUAACUUUAUUGUUAGAAUGUAGGCAAAGUUGAUUAUUUCAAUUAACUUCUGAAGCAUCCUACAUUGUGUAUUUAUAGGUAAUUUGUUCAAUAUGUGAAAUAACAUAGUAGUUACGGUGCAGAUUUGUUCACAGGACAUGGAACUGUAAAUAUGAACCCUGUCACUAUUGUAUCACCAACUGGGACCCAGGAAUAUAGUGCAUUGGUGUCUUAUCAAAGGAUGAAAUUAAUCAGGAAGAGUGAUGGAUAAAAUAGGCAGUAGGCUAUUAGAUAUACACUGGGGGCAUGUCUACAUGGCAGGGCUAAAGUUGAUGAAGCUACUCAACUUCAGUUAUGUCAAUUGCAUAGCUAAAGUCGAAAUAGCUUUACUCGGCUUUUGGCACUGUCCACACAGCAGGAAGUCAAAGGAAGAACACUCUUCCUCCGACUUCCUUUACUCCUUGUGAAAUGAGGGUUACAGGAGUUGGAGUAAGGAGUCCUCGAGCUCAACAUUACUUUGAAAUAAAGGCUUGCAGUGUAGAUGUGUAUUUUGUCAAAAUAAUGCUGCUGUGUAGAUGUACACUUACAGUGAAAUCCUAGACCCAUUAAAGUCUAUAGGCAUUUCGCCAUUGAUUUCAGUGUGGUCACAAUUUCUUUUCUAGUAGUUGUUACAGAGAUAAAUACAUGGCCAAUUCUCAACUGCAAGAUUUAAAGAAAAAUAAUUAUUGCUAAAAAUAGUAGCUGUUAUUCUUUAGUAGCCAAGCCAAGCAUCUGUUUCUUUAUUAGAUGCUCUCAAUAAAGCAUCUCAAAUCCUGAGCUAUAAUGCAUGUUUCUGUUUGCUCUGUGGUACGUGCUCAGUCAAAUCCUAAGGUCCUUACUCAGUGUUUACUCAUUACCUACUCAGGUAAAACUUCUAAUGACCUCCAAUGAGCACUUAUGAGGAGAGACUAAAAAGACUGGGACUUUCCAGCUUGGAAAAGAGAUGACUAAGGGGGGAUACGACAGGUGUAUAAAAUCAUACAUGGUAUGGCGAAAGUGAAUAAGGAAGUGCUAUUUACUUCUUCACAUAACAUGAGAACUGAGGGUCAGCCAAUGAACUGGGUAGGCAGCAGACUGAAAACAAACAGGACACAAUGCAGUCAACCUAUGGAACUCAUUGUUUGUGAUGUACAGAUCAGAAAUAUAAAGGGGAUCAGAAAAGAAUUAGAUAAGUGUAUUGAGGCCAGGUCCAUCAGUGACUAUUAGUUGAGAAGGUCAGGGAUACAACCUCCUGCUGUGGAUGUUUGUAAACCUCUAAUUGCCAGAAGCAGAGAAUGGAUGACAAAAUGGAUCUCUUGAUAAAGUAUCCUGUUCUGUUCAUUCCCUCUGAAGCAUCUGUCAUUGGCCAUUGUCGGAAAACAGGAUGCUGGGCAAGGUGGACCAUUGGUUUGACCCAGUAUGGCCAUUAUAUUCUUAUGCUUGCCUGAAUAAGGGCAGCAGGAUUUGGCACUACAUGCAUAUUAUCUCAGACUAGAUAGAGAAUGCCUCCUUAUGUUCUUGCACAUGGGCUGGGUGUAGUUGGAAUCCUUAGGUCCAGGGGUAUAAAGACUGCUAGCAGCUCAUACCCACAAUGGUACUGGCCCCACUGAAGGAAAUUACUAAGAGGCUGGAUUACAUCAGCCUCCAACAACAGAGGAAUAAAUGCUGUACAUCCUUUGAGGGUAGUGCACUUGCAGCAUUCCCUGGAAACAGCGUUCUAGAGUGGUGAGCGUUGGUACUGCUUCCUACUUUGGACUCUGUGGCAGUGCAGCAGUCUGAACCCUUAACAUUCUCACAAAUGUUAAGUCCUUUUGCAUUGAUACAACACAAGGGUUCUAUUUGCCAUCUAUUUCUGAUCCCGAACACAUUUCCAUAAUGACAAUUUGAAACAUUUCUUCUAUUUGCCCACAAGAAGUGUACCUGCACUGUGAACCACAUGUAAGAAUCAUCAUGGUACCAGAAUAGAAACAUAAAUAAUCUAGACGUGCAUUUCUGUGAAUGUUUUAACUUUCUGGCUAGAGGCCUUUGCACUGUUUCUUAUAAAGUUAUUUAAUUUUCUUGUAUUUAUAGUUUCAAAUGUAAACAAAAUAAAUGUGUAGUAUGUAA